GAAUUGGGUGAUCAUGUUUCAGUUGAAUCUGGUUUGCCUGCGCUCUCUAGUCUCUCCGAUGAAAGAGACGAGUCGACUGUAAGCAGGUCGGAGAUGGAGCACAGCAGCAGCGGACCACCACCAUCCCGAGGCAGUGGCCGAGGCAGAGCAUCUUUCGUCGACGAGGCGCAAGACGACAUCCAUCGCUGCGCUGUUGUUUGCUCUCCCUCCGCUACGCUCCAAUCCUAGCGGGAUAUUCAUGUAGAGAGCGCGAAAGUGCCACCGACGCAGUGAUUGAUCCAUCACUGGGCCUUUGUUUUUGGCUCCACUCGCGCUACCUGGCCGAUCUGCUCCCUUCCACCGGAUGACGCCAAUGGCAUGUUGCUGACAACAAGACAAGGAGAGCAGAACGAAUCGACGGAUGGAAAGGGAGCGGAACUGUUCCUCUUUGGAUAAGAACGUCGGGGUGAUGUCUUUCAGCGGCCGCGCUAGAGGAGCGAAGGCGAAGUGAUGAGGACAGAGAAACCCUAAACAGGGAAGGGGUGGGUUGGGAAAGGUGCUGCCUUUGCUCGCAUCUCUAUAGCUAGCGAAGAAUGGCAGCGCAUCUCGGCGUGAGCCUUGCCGUGGCGGCGCUUCUCUGGUUAUCGUGUGCAGAUGCCCUUGGGCAAGAAUAUUCAGCCGCGGCCGCCCGGCACAAAUUGAAGGCGAUUCGGCACCUUAAGCGGCUCAACAAGCCCCCCGUUAAGACCAUCACGAGUCCUGAUGGGGACACAAUUGACUGUGUUCAUGUCUCUCGCCAACCAGCCUUCGAUCACCCCUUCCUCAGAAACCACACCUUACAGAUGAGGCCUACUUUCUUCCCCGAAGGUAUCGUGAACAAUGUUGAAUCCCACAAGAAAGACCACUCAAUGGCUCAGGCGUGGCACCAAAAUGGGAGGUGUCCCGAGGAGACAGUACCCAUCAGGAGAACAAAGAUGGGUGAUGUGCUUAGAGCAAGCUCUGUGAAAAGGUAUGGGAAGAAGAAGCACAGAACCGCCCCAAUGUCGGUGUCUAUUGACCCUGACCUUGUCAAUGAGAGUGGCCACCAGCACGCAAUUGCUUAUGUAGAGGGAGAUAAGUAUUAUGGGGCAAAAACUACCAUAAACGUGUGGAGACCAAAGAUUCAGCAGGCCAAUGAGUUCAGCUUGUCUCAGCUCUGGAUUUUAGGGGGAGCAUUUGGGGAUGAUCUCAAUAGUAUUGAAGCUGGUUGGCAGGUCAGUCCAGAGCUCUAUGGAGAUAACAAUACAAGGUUAUUUACUUAUUGGACUAGCGAUGCUUAUCAAGCGACAGGGUGCUACAAUCUUCUAUGCUCAGGAUUCAUCCAGGUCAACAAUGACAUUGCUAUGGGUGCCAGCAUAUACCCCCUUUCCAACUACCAUGGAUCACAGUAUGACAUCAGUAUACUCGUUUGGAAGGAUCCACAGGAGGGGCAUUGGUGGAUUCAAUUUGGAAAUGACUAUGUCCUGGGCUACUGGCCUUCGUUCCUGUUUUCCUACUUGGCAGACAGUUCAUCGAUGAUUCAAUGGGGAGGGGAGGUGGUCAAUUCACAGCUCGAGGGCGAGCAUACAUCAACAGAGAUGGGCAGUGGCCAUUUUCCCGAAGAAGGCUUCGGCAAGGCAAGCUACUUCAGGAACAUACAGAUAGUGGAUGAGUCCAACAAUCUGAGAACACCUAUGGAGGUCGGUACAUUCACUGAGGAACCCAGCUGCUAUGACAUACGGAAUGGCAAUAAUGACGACUGGGGUCACUACAUUUAUUAUGGUGGUCCUGGUAGGAACAAUAAUUGUCCAUAGAAUGGGCAUUCGAGUUGGAGCCCUUCAACACUUGUCGAGUACUAGGCAAUUGUGAAAUCUACUACAAUCUUUGGGUGUUUUAUCCAUCGUUUUCCCAUGUGUGAUUUUAUGUCGAGGAACAAUGAUUGUCCACGAAGGUCAUUUGGGUUGGAAUCUUACAACACUAGUCCUAGGCAAUUGUGAAGGAAGGAACUUUGUGUUGAUAUUUUACCUACUACUGUGUCUCUUUAACAUGUUGCUUAUUGUAGCCA